GAUAAAACCACAUAAGCAAAAAAAGAGGAGUGUCGUCGCCUGCGAUUGUCCGAUGUUCAAUGAUCGUAGCCUCAUCAAGCACUGCGGAUCGUCUUCGCUUCCUCGACUACACAUUCGAAAUCGAUCGAGCUUCGUCGUGAUCGGGCUCCGUUCCUCGUCGGAUCGUCUCCUUCGAUCCGGGGACUUUCCUUCGCGCAGCUGAUCCCCUGCGGGCGUUCCGUGGGAUUCCGGGCGGGUCUCGGGCUGUUCCUUCGGGGGCGCGGUUCAUCGGCGGCGACCUGGACGAUGGCCAGAAGACCCAGCACCUGCGCCAUCUGCGAAAAUCUGAAUCGCGCGUCCAUCUGCACGGCGUGCGUCAACUACAGGCUGAAUGAUUACAAUCAUGGUUUGAAAUCGCUUAAAAGCCGUCGGGACGCCCUGUAUUCGAGAUUGAGCGAAGUGCUGGUGGCGAAGGGCAAGGCAGAUGAUCAAUUUAAUUGGAGAGUGACACAGAAUGAGAAACUUGCAAAGUUGAGGGAAAAGCUUCAUUGCAAGAAAGAACAGCUUGUUCAAGGGAAGGCUAAGGUCGAGAGACUGUCAAACGAUUUGGCGGCAAAGUAUGGGGAACUGGAUUCUGCGCUAGCCAAGUUGGAUAGGAAUCGUGUGGAACAACUGGAGAAGUUCUAUCCUAACCUUGUAUGCACACAGACCUUGGGACUUAUGGCUAUUACCUCAGAGCGCCUUCAUAAACAAUCUGUGGUCAUAAAACAGAUAUGCAAAUUGUUCCCCCAACGUCGAGUGAAUGUGGAUGGGGAAAGGAAAGAUGGAUCCAUUGGUCAAUUUGAUCAAAUUUGCAAUGCACGUUUACCUAGAGGACUUGAUCCCCACUCUGUUCCUUCGGAGGAGCUUGGUGCUUCAUUGGGAUACAUGGUUCAACUUCUUAAUAUUGUUGUUCAGAUCUUAGCUGCACCGGCACUUCACAACUCAGGAUUUGCGGGUUCUUGCUCUCGAAUUUGGCAACGAGAUUCUUAUUUGGAUGCUCGUCCAUCUUCUCGAAGCAAUGAAUAUCCCCUUUUUAUACCACGCCAAAACUAUUGCUCCACUAGUGGAGAAAAUUCAUGGUCAGACAGAAGCUCUAGUAAUUUCGGUGUUGCUUCAAUGGAGUCAGAGAGAAAGCCCCAGCUUGAUAUUUGUAGAAGUGGCAGUUUUAAUUAUUCUUCUGCUUCUUCUCAUUCUGUUGAAACACACAAGGAUUUGCAGAGAGGAAUAUCCCUUUUGAAGAAAAGUGUGGCAUGCAUUACAACAUACUGCUACAAUUCUCUCUGCUUAGAUGUCCCUUCUGAGGCGUCUACUUUUGAGGCAUUUGCUAGAUUAUUGAGCAUACUCUCUUCUUCGAAGGAAGUUCGCUCUGUAACAUCUCUGAAAAUGGCUUGUUCAAGAUCAAGUAAGCAAGUUCAACAGUUAAAUAAGUCUGUGUGGAACGUGAACUCAGCUAUCACAUCAAGCACUUUAUUGGAAAGUGCACAUACACUUCCUCUCGUGAAAAACAUUGGUAAUGCCAAUCUUCCUAAUUCAGCUGCCAGCUUUCUUUAUGCUACUGAUUUGUCGGAGAUAGGAAAGAAUGAGUCUCUUAUCGAUGGAUGGGAUUUAGUGGAGCAUCCUACUUUUCCUCCGCCACCAUCACAAAAUGAGGAUGUUGAGCAUUGGACCCGAGCAAUGUUUAUUGAUGUCACAAAGAAAUGAUUUGGCGACCAAACAACCUUCCUACUUUAUGUUUCUCUUCUUGUUUUUCUGUCAGAGCUAGCUCUGCUACUCUGUUAUAAGGGUUUUCGGAUCUUCUCUUUGCAGUUGGCAGGUUCAUUGAAGAAAGGGCAUACAAAAAAAGUACUUGCUCAACUAGCAUUGCUAUUGUAAAUAUGGGGCGAUAGGGAUUAGGUGCUAACAUGUAAAUACAAAAGGGCUGUCUCUAGUUACUAAUUUGGUUGUAGUGUUUCUUUCUGUUGUCUGUCAGACCAUGUUACGACUUGGUAGAUACUAACUAGACUACACCUUGAAGAUGUACAUUCCCUGCAGGAAGGACCAAAUUGAAGAAAAGGAAAUUCACUCAUGUUCCUGUUAA